AUGGUGGCUGGCUGCGGCAAUAAAUGUGUCAAGUACUUUUUCUGGCUCAUCAACUUCUUAUUUUUUGUGAGGAGUGGAGCAUUUUUGAUGACGCGAGAGUCGUUUUUCAGAUCCUUGGCGCAGUUAUCAUCGGUCUCUCGAUUUGGAUCCUCACUGAUCAAAAUUUCUCAUCGACCGUAUCCAGUACUGUGAAGAUCGACUUGAGCGCAGUGAACUUCCAAAAUGUCAGCAAAAUUAGAGUUUCAACGUCCUUUUCCACAGUAUUCAACUUUGCCUUGCAGUUGAACCUCAAUUUCAAUGGAUUUUAGCGCAGAUUUUAUUUUGAUAACCACCUCGUAUUUUUUUUUUGUGCCAGUCUAUAGAAGAUUCAGUUGCAAAGUUAGUUAUUCGCUGGCCGUUUUCGGUUUCCAAAAAUCAAGUUUUCUCAAGUUUGAGAGAUCUGUUUUAAUGUAGCGAGUUGCUGUAAACCAACUUUUCUUGAUGGCAGAUGGGAAUUUUCCAGCUCUACCUCUUCCUCUACUUGACCCUUGGCAUUGGAGCAGCUUUGCUCGUACUUGGCUUCUUCGGAUGCUGUGGAAGUUGCUGCGAGAGUGUCUGCACCAUGUCACUUGUAAAAGUUUCCUGGUUUGCAAAUAAUUGCCAACUGUAUUCCAGUACUUUUUACUCGUGUUGGCGCUAUUUGGCGUGGAGAUCCUUGGGAUUGUUUUAUACUUCGUUAAAAAAUCCUCGGUAGAACAUUUUUCCGAAGACUAAGAAAAAAAAACUUUUGAGCUCCGCGAAACGUUCACGAAUGUGUGGAGAAAUGAGCUCGUGGCCAAAUACUCGACCCAGGAAAACAUCCGCAACAUGUUGGACAACGUUCAGAGAAAUGUUGGUUUUUUAUUGAAGUACAAUUUUUUUAAAAUUUCCCAAAUGAAUGUCUGAAAAAGUAAACAAAAUUAUUGAAAUUUUCGGAAACUAGAAGUCUUUGAAGACUUCUGUGCCUUUAAAACAUGAAAAUCUGAAAAAAUCGGUACCUACAGACUUCUGACAAACUUGAGCUUCAUUUCCUUUUUAAAUUACUCAUUAUUUGAGUUGAACUGCUGUGGCGCGAGUGGCUGCUCGGACUACAUACCGUACACCGGAUUCCCUCUUUCCUGCCAAUGUUCUACCCUCACCCAGGUUCUUUUUUUAUGUGAAGUUUUUGGCAAAAACUUUAUGGAGAGCUUGGGAAAAAAUCGCGUGUGAACUUUCUGCUUUAUUGUUUGAAAAAAAUUCUUGUCUUGAAAGCCUUAAAGUAGUCAUUUUUCUGGCUUCGAACAGUAGUUUGAUCCGAGUACUGCGUCCUUUUUUGGAAUAGGAACAUACAACGAUAAUUCAGCCCGGAUGCGCUACUGUGGUCUACACUCUCCUCGAAUCCAACCUCGUCUACGUUAUCGUCGCCGCCGCUGUUGUCCUUGUCGUUGAGGUGAGCUUUUCGUUUCAUUUUCUUGUUAUUAUUGAAACUCAGGUCUUCGCCAUGAUCUUCUCCUGCGUCAUCAUCUCGGCGGUCAGAGAAAAGCGUAACCAAACUGCUUGA